AUGACCACUACCGGCCCGACGUCUACAUUUAUAGCUGCGGACUACACUACCAGCCCUGAUUUUCAGGGUUGGUAUCUGCAAACAACUCCGCAAUCCAUCAUCUGUGGCACAACUGAGACCUACUAUACGAGCGACUACUACGCAGGAUGUUCCAAUCCAGCAACCUCUUUGCCCAUGGCCACGGGAUGUGACAGUGAAACAUUACUAUACAAUGAUGAUUCCUACGGCGUGUGCCCCACAUCCUACUCAUGCGGCUCUUAUACCAUCUUCCCAACAGAAGGAGCACCAGUAUCUGACGCUGUAUACUUUUACGAAUGUUUGAUGAACUGGGCUGCCAACAGCAUCUACCGAACCCUACCAGCACGUUACGAAUCAUCAACCAUUGCCUCGGCAGUCAGCGAGACCGCGACAACUGCCGCACCCACCUCAACAAAAAAUCAACACACCGCAACAAGUACCUCCACCCCAACAUCCACCAGCACUUCGACCAACAAUUCCAAUUCUACCGGCCUAUCAGGUGGUGCAAUCGGUGGCAUAGUAGUCGGCUGCGUCGCCGGUGUUACUAUCGUGCUUCUACUCCUCUUCCGCAGAAGAAUCAUGACCUGCUUCGGUCGUAGCAAGCCGCCUACUAAUGACGGUCCCACCUGGUCGCCGGUCUACAUGCCGCCGCAGACCCAGUCGAUGGCGCAAACAGAGGACUCUGGGUGGCAACGGCCAUCGGAGAUGUCUUCGGAGCAGAAUGCCAUCCAUGAGAUUGGUUCAUCGCGAGCGGAGCAACGGGUGAUUCAUGAGCUGAGCUAG